UGAAGAGAAGGAAAAUAAACCUCCCUUCGCUCCUCUUCGACUCCCCGAUUCCAAAGAUGGUGUCCCAAACGCAGCCACCCAAACAAAUCUCAUCAUCUUUUCUUCUUCUACAAAUAAACUACUAAAAUCCCUCCAAAACCCUACCAUGAAAGUUACAUAAAUUUAUUUAUUUUUUUAUUCAAUUCUCUAACCUCAUUUUACAUUACUACUUGUACUAAUUAAAGAAACUUGCUUAAUACAAGUACACCAUGUAAAUAGCAUCACAUUUCCCCAAAUUUUGCAGGUUCCUCUGCGCAUUCAGGAACAAGACUUCUAUUCUUGAGAGAGCUGUUUGAUCUCCUAAAGCAAGUAUUAAUUACUAGCAUAAAACAUUAGACCUUGCCGUGUUUGCCAGUCCUCCAAGAAUGCUUCCUCCUCCUGACUUGUGCAGCAUUCUGCGAAUUCCCUUCUUAAUCUUGUUGCUCUCCCUCCCUGCUAAAGCCUCCUCUUUCAAUCUCACCCUCCCCAACCAACACCCCUACCCCGAGGCUGUGGCUCAUGAAGUACAAAGGAAGGUAAAUGCAUCUUUAUCGCGAAGAGAACUACUCUCCACAACGGUCCACGACCAAGCCCAAUGCCUGACCGGCAACCCAAUAGAUGACUGCUGGAAAUGCGACCCCAACUGGGCCAACAACCGCCAGCGCCUGGCCGACUGCGCCAUUGGGUUCGGCCAAGCCGCAAUGGGCGGCAAAGGUGGACAGAUCUACAUGGUCACCGACUCCUCCGACCACGACGCCGCGAACCCAACUCCGGGCACCCUCCGGCACGCCGUCAUCCAAGACGAACCCCUCUGGAUAAUUUUUGCGGCCAACAUGCAAAUCAAGCUUAAGCAUGAACUAAUCGUGAACAGCUUCAAGACCAUUGACGGUCGAGGGGCAAAUGUGGAAAUCACUGGGGGUGGCUGUAUAACGUUACAGUACGUAAGCAACAUCAUUAUUCAUAACAUUCACAUUUACGACUGUGUCCCUAGCGGAAACACUAACAUACGGUCGAGUCCAACGCAUGUUGGGUGGAGAGGGAAAUCCGACGGUGAUGGGAUCUCGAUAUUUUCGUCCAGGAAUCUUUGGAUUGAUCAUUGUGCGCUUUCUCAUUGUACCGAUGGGUUGAUUGAUGCUAUCAUGGGUUCCACAGCUAUUACUAUCUCUAAUAGCUUUUUUACCCAUCACAAUGAAGUCAUGUUGCUUGGCCAUGAUGAUAAGUAUUUACCCGAUUCCGGCAUGCAGGUGACAAUUGCGUUUAAUCAUUUUGGACUGGGGUUAGUACAACGUAUGCCAAGGUGCAGGAGAGGGUACAUACACGUGGUGAACAAUGACUUCACAGAAUGGAAGAUGUAUGCAAUUGGUGGUAGUGCUAAUCCUACCAUCAAUAGUCAGGGAAAUAGGUACAUCGCCCCGCCCGACCCGGAUGCCAAGGAGGUGACAAAGCGCGUGGAAACAGACGAGAAGGACUGGAGUGACUGGAACUGGAGGACGGACGGGGACAUGAUGGUAAAUGGAGCGUUCUUCGUCCCCUCGGGCGAGGGGCUGAGCGCCCAAUAUGCUAGGGCCUCCAGCGUCGAGCCCAAGUCUUCUGGACUUAUUGACCAGCUAACGUUGAACUCCGGUGUCCUUGGUGGGCCCAGGGACAACAGCGUUAGCAUAUCCUAUGGCGGGGGGUCUACCACCGGAGACAGCGCAAACGGUCAUGGCGGUUCGGGGUCCGCUCCUGGCGGAGAUGGCGACUUCUUCGGUAUGAUAUUUGGCAGCGGCGCACCACCACCUCCUCCUCCUCCAACACCAUCUGCGCUCGUCUUUUUGUCUCUUCUAAUUAUUUUAAUUUCGUGCAUGAUCACCAACCAAGGUGCUCUACUAUGAUUAUUAUUACUAGUAUAUAGGAAUUUAAAGAGCCAAAAAAAAAAGAAAAGAAAAAGGAAGAAACUAACAUUUUUAAUUAAUUAUUUAGAGGGAAAAAGGAAGAAGAUCAACCAUCACAUCUCUUCCUGCACAUGUAAUUUUGAUUCUCAGGCAUCAAUUGAACAAGCACCUCAAGGCAACGCUCAGGGAUUCGUCUUUUCUUUUUUUUUUUUUUUGGUGGGGUCAGUAUAGAAUUUUCAUUUUCUCUUGUUGCUUUUCAGUGGGCCAUUUUGAUGUAGAAGGAAUUGAUUUUGCCCAAAGUCAAGUAAUGUGAUGGGGAGAGAAUUAUCAA